GAAACAUUAACCAGCCCAUAGCCCACUGUUUAAUUCUCAAUCCCAUAACUCCCCUUACUCAAAACUUUUCCAUUACCGAAUCCAUCAAUCAUUAAACCCAAAACCCAACCACCUGCCAGCUCCAUGUCAGGAAAGAUCUGCAUGGUUAUGAGGAUCAACAUUGACUGCCAUGGUUGCUACAGAAGAUUGAGGAGAAUCCUUCUCAGCAUGCAAGAGUUGGAGACCCAUUUAAUUGAGAAGAAGCAGUCCAGGGUAAUCGUGUGUGGCAAAUUCAUUCCACAAGAUGUAGCUAUAAAGAUAAGGAAGAAGAUGAACCGCAGAGUCGAAAUCAUGGAUUUAGGAGAGUUUGGUGGCAGCAAUGACGACAACUCCCAGAGGCCUCUUAACAAUACUCAAAACGAGUAGAGAGAGAGAGAGAUUCCUAGGAAAGAUAGCUUUCCUCAUCUCAUGUAUGCACAAAAUUUUAUAAAUAUUUCAACCCAAAAAAAUAAUUGUAUAAAUAUAAUAUUUAGAUAACCUGAAAGUUCAUGAACAUAUGGUGCCACG